UAUAAGUUAUCGACGGGCAGAGUCCACUAGAAGCGCCAACGCCACAAAUCUGCCUCACAACCAGCGACCAGCCGCUGACUGCUUCUCACUCCGACCGGGGGGCACCAAACAACCACCGGCCAACCGAGCAGGAAGCUUUAACGGACCUGAUGAGAUGUAAAGAACAGAGAACGUAGCCUAUUCAAAAAUGCGAAAAAGGUUAACCAGACCAAGACAAUAAUACAACCAAACAAUUGAAACCAAAAGCAAGUUUUAUACAUAACAACGGGAAAAAAAGGAACUUUCGACAGUUGUAAUCUAUGUGUGUAUCUCGUUGCUGACUGAUUCAACAGAAGAAAGAGAGCCGCUCUUUUUAAUCACACCGCCCCGGAGAGUUGCACCAACGCCGGCUUCACUGCUUCUUUUCCCGGCUGCGCGGGCUACAAUGUACCGGUCCACGAAGGGAGCUUCGAAGGCUCGGAGGGACCAGAUCAAUGCGGAGAUUCGCAACCUGAAGGAGCUGCUGCCGAUCUCCGAGGUGGACAAGGCUCGCCUCUCCUACCUGCACAUCAUGUCGCUCGCCUGCAUGUACACGAGGAAGUCCGUCUUCUUCUCUCAAGAAACGGAGACUACCAGCGGCCAAGAAGAGAGCUCGAGAUUCAUGUCCUCCCAGGAACUUUCGCAGCUGGUGCAGGAGCUGCCGGGCUUCCUGCUGAUGCUGACCAGCGAGGGGAAACUCCUCUAUCUCUCGGACAGCGUCACCGAACACCUGGGACAUUCUAUGGUGGAUCUGGUUGCCCAGGGAGACAGCGUUUAUGACAUCAUCGAUCCCACCGACCACUUUGUCAUGAGAAGCAACCUAUCGCCGACAACUUCACCAGACACAGACCGCUUGUUUCGGUGUCGCUUCAACACCUCUAAAUCGGCGCGUCGCCAGAGCGCCGGCACCAGACUGACGCUGGUCCGCGCGCUCUGUUUGUCAACUCCGGGAGCCGCCGCCUCGUCUUACUGGACUUCAAAUCCCGCGUGGCUGUGCUUCUGCUCCCCUUUGGAGAGUCAGCCGUCCUCCCCCGGCACGCGACCCACCCUGGCCCCGCCCGCGGACCACGCCUUCUUUCUGGCGGGGUUCCACUCCCGUCACGGCCAGGACAUGAGGGUGCGGGACGCGGACGACAGCGUGAGCGUGUACCUGGGCUAUGACGUGGAAGCGCUGCGCUCUCGUUCCUGGUACAGCCUCGUGCAUCCGCAGGAUCUACCGCACGCAUCUGCGCAGCACUGCAGUCUGUUGAGCGAGGGGAGCGAGGGCCGGGCGGAGAUGGUGGUGAGGGUGGAGACGCAGGACGGCUCCUUCACCUGGCUCUACAUGGUGCUGCACCUGGAGACUGGAGACAGCCCCAUCAGCUGCCGCAGCUACAUCAUCAGUGAGUCGGAGGCCUGGUCGGUGCGGCAGCAGCUGUGCACGGAGCAGACUCAGCUGGCCCUGGUGCUGAGUGCUAGCGCCUCCUAUCAGGACAGCCUGGGACUGCGGUCUCCGGACACGCUGUCCAGCCCGGACCAGGUGUUCACGCCCAGCAGCAGCGGUCUGUCGGGCCAGUCCUUCGACUUCAGCGCCGCCGCGUCCACCAGCAUGAGCUCCUCCGAGGAGCUAGGGGGCGCCGCCGCCGCCGACCCCAUGCUGGAGGGCCCGCGGUCCAGCCUGUCCUCCCUGGAGGAGGAGGGCUUAGCCCAGCAGGGCGGCCCUCAGCAGCCCCCGCCUCCCCCAGAGUCCGGCGACUCGGCCGCUGGGACUCCGCCCACAUUCGACGCUGACAUGGACGUCCUCGCCCGGAGUGUGUUCCGGCCCCCCCCCCAGAUGCCCCCUCCCCCCCCACCUCUCACAAGGCCUCAGCAGGGGGAGGGCUUCACCUGCUCGCCCCGCUAUGCCCCCCAGGCAGGAAGGGGCGGAGUUUCAUACCGAGAGGUGCCCUUCAUCUCUGCCCCCUCCGCUUGCGCACCUCGUCCUGUUUCCUUCACCAGGCCUUUGCUGACCCCAGCAGGCCGUCCUCUUUCCCUCCCACUCUCCGCCCCCUGCCCCGCCCCCUGGUCCGCCCCCUGCUCCGCCUCCCAGCAGGUCCUCCUCUCCUUGGAGCCCUACAGAGGUCCUCUCCUGUACGAGAAACUGCCCCCCACCCCCGACACGCCCGAAGAGGGAGACUGUGGCCUCCUGCCCCUCCCCCUGACCCUGCCCCCUCUCUAUGUGGACGUGCCCCCCCAGGGGUUAUUCGGCUACGCCCUGGAGGGGCUGCUCACACCUGAGGCCUCCCCUACAGAACUGCCCCAUCCCCUGGAGGCCCAGAUACAGGGGGAGGCGGGGCUAGAACAGGAGAGGGCGGAGAUUUCCUACCUGGCUCAGCAAAUCAGCACCCUGGCCGAGAGUUUCAGCUCCAAACUCUGCUCCUCCUCCAGCCCCACGCCACUCCCUAUUGCCCCGCCCACGAAGCAGGAUCCCAUCUCCCCAUUGGGCGAGAUCUACCCUGUCAAGCAACUGGACCCACCCCUUUCCCAGGACAAAAGCUCUCUAUUUGAAGAGAGCAUGUUAGAGUCCUUCCUCCUUGACUUCCUCUUAAACUGUGCCCCUCCCUCAACCCCACCCCCUCCCCUGUCAUGCCCCUCCCCUUCCCCCCAGGCCCUUCCCACUCCCCCCGCCCCAGCUUGCUGGUGCCCACACCUUGGUGUGUGCGCCAGUCACAUCUGUAGCGUCCAAUCGACGCAUUGUAAUGGCGUGGUUGGGGGCGGGGCAAUGGCAGGCACGGAAACAGUCGACAUGGAGACAGAGCCUUCCUCUGUCUCAGAAUCCCCGGCUGUGCCUGCCACGCCCAUCGCCCCCGCUGCCACGCCCAGUCUGCCUCGUGUCCAGCCCCUCCUUGGGGAGCUGGUCACCAUGGAACCCGUGUUUGGGGCAGGAGCCUCAAUUGCCCCCGUCCUGGGGCAACAACCUGAGUUGCAUCAACUCCACCGUGACUGUCCUCCUCAGCACUUUCAGCCAGAUGGAAACGGAAGUGAUUCCUCGUUCUAAAAUAAGUCUGUGACUUCAUUGCGUAUGGCAUAUUGUCAUAUUUCACGGACAUCCACUUUUCCAGGAAAGGGAAAAUAAUUUAGUGUAUAAAUAUAUACAAAUUGUAUAUAUAUACGUAUGUAUGAAUAUAAAAGAAAAAACCAAAAGGACAUUUAUGGAUGCAUUCGUAUAUGUAUAUUUAGGCAUUGCAAAUGAAGAUGUAUGGUUAUGUAUUUAACUAUCAAUAAUAAGAUGAGCCCAAUGCACCAUAGCAGAGUGUUGUUUGGUUUUGGGGUGCCUUUAUUGGAGCAGGGGUUCCCUUAUGAGCGCACUUUAAUAUACAGCCACGUCUGUAUGCAAUCAGAGUGGGGGACCCCUGCUGUAAAACUGAAUUUAAAAAAUGUAUUUAAAACAAAACAACAACACUGUUGAUAUCACUGCUAUUUAUCAAUCUAAACAUCACGACAUGUUUACUGCUCCAUAUUUGCGAUGCAGAGGCACAAACUUAAAGCGGAAAACGUUUCCAAGGAAACUUAGGACUCGCGUUAGCCAGCAAGUUUGCUAGGUUUUGAGGGUUCUCUCCUUUUGCCACACAGGCUGAACCUGAGGUCAAAUCCCUCAGACCUCUAGCUGUUUUGAAUCCUCCUUGCAAAUUAUAAAUUCCCAAUUUUACAAUUCAUGAAUUGAUUUUUACAGAAUAAAAUUUAAAAAAAAAAACUUUUUUAAGUUUGUGUCCACAAAACAUCUUUUUCUGCAUCUUGAUGAAUGGCUUCAUUUAUUUCAAACAUGUUUGAAGUGCUGUAAACAUUGUUCUUGCUGUGCUUAUUCAAUUCUAGAGGAGGCCUGUGACUGGUUUUUAUUUUUGGGGGGGUGUAUGCAUUAAUAUGCCCAUUAGAACACAGUGCUGGCCUCCUCUUUGGUUGUGGCCUGUGGGUCUGCGGUUGUGGUACAUAGAAAAUACCACCAUCUGCAGGCCCUGUAUGGUAUUACAAAUCCUUCUGGAGACCACCUUACAGGUAGUCAAAGGGAGGUGGACAGACUGGAUUUAGGGGGGUGUUGUAUCCCCAAAACUCUUGUCAAUGCGUGUCAAUCCAGUGGCCUGUUGACCUCUACUCUAGUUUUAUUUUGAGGGGUCAAGAAAGUGGCCCAGUGAUUAGUAUAUUUAAAAAAUGUAUUAAUUUAUUUUUUCAGUAGAUGAAUAAAACAUAUUUGAUGUUGAGUAAAUAUUGAAUAAAAAUAAAAAUGUGAAUGAGGUAUAUUUUUAUUUACUUUAAUUAUGCGACACAGGCUGAGAAUGGUUAUAAUUUUCUCACUGUGUCGAUAUGUUAACGUAGAGUUGUCUACGGUAAAGUAAAGGAUUGAUUCCUGUGUCCUAGCUAUUAUACUGCGACGUAAAAAUGUUUACAAUGAUGUUAUUCCUGUUUGCGUGAACAUUUUAAACAACUGAAUGUAUUUGCACAAAAAUGAUUAAUGUGUUGUGUGACAAAUCGGUUGCUUAAAUGCGUAUAUUUAUUGCUUUUGUAAUGUCGGUCUGUAUAUAACAAGUUUUUAUGUAAGAAAAAAUGAUAUAUUUAUCGCUGAGGAAUGAGCAUCGUGAAAUUGUUAUCUCGUCAUCGCUGAUAAGUGUAUUUGGCUGUCAAUCAAAUGCAUUUAUAUUAAAGUGCUCUUAAACAUGC